UUCACUACAUUCUACCUUCUGAACAAAGCGGAACUCUGGGGAGCUAUAGCAAGAUCUAUAGCAGCAACGACCGACUCAUUUUUUUAUCUGAUAGUCGCUUUCGGCCGACGUCGCUAUCAAACCCAACCGACUCAUUACUGCCAAAAAUCUUUCCUCCAUUGUCUUCCAUCGAUUGAAUCAUCAUCUUUUCGAAAUUCUUCUUUCUAUAUCCCAUCAGUCAUCAAAGUGCUUCCCCCCUCGCCGCAGGCCGAUUCUGCUUUGUCAUACACUCAACCUCCUUUCAAGUCCAUAUCUCAUCUCCUUCAAAGCCAGUUUGUGGACGAAUACGGACUUCAGCCCAGCGAUCAAAGCUCUGACUAGUGUCAUCCCAUCGGAGCGUAGAAUUGGGAGGAUAUAAAAGGAGUGCAUUUUCAGUAUUCUAGCAUUCUCAACGAUCUCGUCUCAACAUUCGAUCUCAGCUGGUCAUCGGAGUAGAAAUUGGAAAACUUUGGAGUUCAGCUCUGCCUAUAUUGUCAGGAAUAUAUAGCAGGAAGACGACAAGUGAUACUUGUUUUGUAACAAGUGUGGCCUGCUUCGCACGUUAUCCAAACCACUUCAAACCAUGUUCGAGGAAGAUUUCGAGAGGUGCUUCAUCUGCCAAGGGCCAUCCAAGGGACUCUAUUGUUCCUCAAUGUGUCGGCAAAAGGACCAGGGCUCUUUCUCUCCCCAGGUUAACCCUGACCAGGAAUCAGUACACAUAACCUCCCAGCUUCCACCUGCCCUUAGCCCGCACGUUCGUCCCAUGAACACCAUCUCUCUUUCCCCACGGAACUCAGGACAACCUCGGGCAACUAGCAAUGGGACUUCUUCCGGCUCAUCCUCUGUGAAUUCUUCCCCUCUGCACUCACCGCAAACAAAUCCUUCAGAUCUUGAUUCCCCCCAAAAGGGUCUUUUCAACCUUCCUCCACCAGCCUACCCGGUUACGCAGUUCGGUGCACCACCUUCUGCUGUACCUAUGAAAAUCCCCCCCCUUCUACCCAGAGCUUCACCCAUUUUUGGUGCCAUUGGCACACCGGGUUCUCAGGGAUCAACGGUUUACCCUCAUGGUGCAUCAAUAGAUACGUUGCGGUUCGGUCGAAGGCCUGGAGCAGUCAACAGUGUCACUUCUCCCAAUGCCCUCAUUCCUCGUUGCGCGUGUGGCUUGCCAGCCAACCAUAGGACACGGGCCAGGAGUAAGGAUCGCGCGGAUGUUGUUGACUCUGGGUUUUCCCGUCUUAGUCUGGGACCUUCUGUAGUGGCUCGAGAAGAACCCAUCAGCAGAUCACUACGUAUUGUCUCCGACUCUGCCAUUCCACCUUUCACUCUUUCCCCCAAGGGGACGCCUCAGACUAUUACUGCCACUCUCAACCAUUCAGGUCCUUUCCACACUGAGCAAUGUUCCCCUGUCGCCCCGAAUAAUGUCCUUUCGCGUUCCCGAUCUGAUCCUAUUCCCCCUUCACCCAAAGUUGGAAAGCGCACAUUAGCGCCUGUCCCAGUGGUUUCUACCAUUCUUCCCAUCCGACGCCAGUCUUCCCAUGAACCCGAGCGUCGAACGAACGUAUUGGAAGUCUCCAAUAUCGAUUCCCCUCGACGCGGAAGGAGUAGAGAAAGGCAAGAGCACCAUGGAGAUGCCGAAGACUGUCCUCCUGCGAUUUUGAACCAUCCUCCAGAAAGGGAAGCUGCCCCGUCCCGGUCGAGGACUAGGCGGGAUUCCAGACGGAGGAGUGGAGAGCGAUCCAGGUCACGACCAAGAGAAAGAAUCAGGGACCUUGACAUGUCUCGAGACAGGGAACACGACGGACAGAGGUCUCCUGUUUCUCACGAAGGCCCCCAAAUCCUACCAAGCUGGUCUCGACCAGCUUCAGUUGCCGACCAUGUCGUUCCGCUUUCUAUGAAGGGGCAAAGCAGUGGUGACAAGGAGAAGUAUGCGAGAGAUGAGGAUGAGAGGAAGAGGGAGGAGUUACGGAGGGCGACAAAUCAGUUCGGCCAGGUUUUCGGCGUUGCCGCUGGAUAAAGAGCGGAUGAGAUAGCAAAAUAAAGGAGUAACAUUGUAUAUUUCAAAAGAACACAUGUUCCAUCAUCAGUAUUCACACAUUUGCAUAGUUCACAAAAGGGGCAUCAUUGCCUCACGUACAUACAUCAUUCACAAUAGCAUCAAACAUUACAUACUCGUCUCAAUGCAUGAAAACGAUAGCAUCUUUUU